GAGAGCUUGCUCACAAAAAUAAUAUGGUAUCCAGUUUCCGUGUUUCUGAACUGCAAGUGUUGUUGGGGUUUGCUGGACGUAAUAAAAGUGGGAGGAAACAUGACCUCCUGAUGAGGGCACUUCAAUUACUGAAGAGCGGCUGCAGCCCAGCAGUUCAGAUAAAAAUCCGAGAACUCUAUAGGCGUCGGUACCCAAGGACGAUUGAAGGACUUUCAGACUUAACAUCUAUAAAACCCACGGUUUUCAACUUGGACAGUAGUUCCUCUCCAGUUGAGCCUGACCUGGCUGUUGCUGGCAUUCACUCACUCCCUUCUACUUCAGUCACAUCUCAGUCUCCUUCCUCACCUGUGAAUUCUGUGCUCGUCCAGGACACUAAGCCUCACUUCGAGAUGCAGCAGCCAUCCCCUCCAAUUCCACCUGUUCAUCCCGAUGUUCAGCUGAAAAGCCUACCUUUUUAUGAUGUGCUUGAUGUGCUCAUAAAACCUACAAGUCUAGUACAGAGCAGUAUUCAGAGGUUCCAAGAGAAGUUUUUUAUCUUUGCUUUGACACCUCAGCAAGUCAGAGAAAUCUGUAUUUCCAGGGACUUCUUGCCAGGGGGCAGGAGAGAUUACACUGUCCAAGUUCAGUUAAGGUUAUGCCUAGCAGAGACAAGCUGCCCUCAAGAAGAUAAUUACCCUAGUAGUUUGUGUAUUAAAGUAAAUGGGAAGCUGUUUCCCUUGCCGGGAUAUGCACCACCGCCAAAAAAUGGGAUUGAACAGAAGCGACCUGGGCGCCCCUUGAAUAUAACUUCUCUAGUUAGAUUGUCAUCAGCAGUGCCAAACCAGAUUUCCAUUUCCUGGGCUUCUGAAAUUGGAAAGAAUUACUCCAUGUCUGUGUAUCUCGUCCGUCAGCUCACUUCAGCUAUGCUUUUGCAGAGGUUAAAAAUGAAAGGUAUCAGAAACCCUGAUCAUUCCAGAGCACUGAUUAAAGAAAAACUAACUGCAGACCCUGAUAGUGAGAUUGCGACAACCAGUCUGCGAGUAUCUCUGAUGUGUCCUUUGGGGAAAAUGAGACUGACAAUCCCAUGCCGGGCUGUUACUUGCACACACCUGCAAUGUUUUGAUGCUGCUCUUUAUCUACAAAUGAACGAAAGGAAGCCUACCUGGAUCUGCCCUGUCUGUGACAAAAAGGCAGCUUAUGAGAGCCUAAUAUUAGAUGGGCUCUUUAUGGAAAUCCUUAAUGAAUGUUCAGAUGUAGAUGAGAUUAAAUUCCAAGAAGAUGGUGCCUGGUGCCCCAUGAGGCUAAAGAAAGAAGCUGUGAAUGUCUCAAGUCCACAGAGCACCAAAAUAGAAAGUUCCAGUGUGGUUAGCAAACAGUGUUCUGUGACAGAGGCCAGUGAGGUAAACAAGAAGAAAGUUGAUGUUAUUGACCUGACGGUAGAAAGCUCUUCUGAUGAAGACGAAAAUCCUCCUCCCAAAAGGAAGUAUGUAUUUAUGUCUGAAACACAAGGAAGCCCAACAAAAGGGGUUCUGAUGUAUCAUCCAUCUGCUCUCAGAGUGCCCAGUGUGACAUCCGUCAAUGCUGCUGCUAUUCCUCCUUCAUUAACAGACUAUCCAGCACCAUUCCAUCACCCAAUAUCCAAUCUCUCAUCAGACUUACCAGACAUACCCUAAAUGCCUAUGAUGUGUUCUUCAACACUGCUGCUAAAUAUCAGACAAAAGACACAAAACGGGGAUGAUAGUAGAAAUGUUUCCUUAUUGGCUGCCCAUGGGUGGAGGAAGAGACCUGCUGCUUGUUUUUGGACUUGUGCAUGUUGUGACUUUACUUCAUUCCAGCAUCUUUAAUGUGAUGACACUCUUCAUGUCCCAGUUUGGCCAAGUCAGGUACAAUAUGCAGUGAAACUUGCAUUAUGAACCAACAGCUCCAAACGGCAACCUCCAUCUAAGCAACCACAUUGAACCACCCUGCAAUAUCCAGUGAUUAAUCACCAUUAUGUCAUUCUCAUUCUUAAAAAGAGCCACUUAUACUAGAUAACUGGUUUUGCUGCUGCCUGAAGUAGUCUUUGAGAGUGGUGUCACAGUGGUAUAUUCCAUUUAGAAACUGUAACAAUUGCAAAAUCUGUUCUACGACCACAAAAAUGUUCCUUAAAUUUGUUGAGUCCAAAUAAAAGAAAAAUACACCAACUUAUUAUCCUUCCUUCUAGGUCUGGAUUUUCUUUCACUAAUCCCAGUUGAUUCACAGGUAUGUUUCUGAACAUAAUUAAUUUCCAAGUCUGGUUUUUGUGACAUACUGCUCGAACAACUAUCAGGGCGCUGUCAUCAUCCAUGCCAUGUCUGCAGUCCACUUGCUUAGACCUAAUCACAGGCCAGGAAAAUCCAUUUUCUUGGCAAGAGGUGGUAACGAAGAGCCCUUAAGGGAGGAUUCAGGUUAGCCUCACCAGGAUAAAUCCAGGAGUGGAAACUCACUCUUUAUUGAUAACUUGCCUUUCCAAAGUGGAUACAUGCACACUGCUGACCUGAAUACACCCGUCGUGUUACUUCGUGCUCUUAGUUCACACUGUGUGUCUGUAGCCCAGACUAACCUCUGUAAAUGUGCUUCACUGGCUGCUGUUUCUGUUGGUCUUGAUACUAGGAGAAGAUUAAGUUUUAAAGAAAAUAUCUUAAUCAAUUUGAUGGGCACAUGACAACAGUCUUAAAAUAAAUCCCUCCAGGUAACACCUAAACCCCACUGGUUUGGGAUUACAUGGAAAUUUUGCAGAUAAAAGUAGCUAGGUGGUGCUUUUCCUUUCCUGGAAACUUAAACUUUACGCUGUUAGGGAGAAUGGUUCUUACAGUAAGUAGACUCUUACAGACUACAACCUUGAAACGUGGGGGGAUAUCGGCUCCUCAAGACAAGAGGGUCUGAAACAGACCCUGUUUCAUAUCUCUGUCACUAGAAGACCGCAGUAAUAGGACUCUGCAGUACAGAGUUGACCUUCUGUUGCCUU